UAAUAAGCCGUAAGAAGUGUUUAGACAAGCGUUAGAGAGUUCCUUCCUCUUCUAUCAAAAACACCAGCCUCCUUUCUAUCUCGCGGCGGCUCCGAUCCGGCUCCGAUCUAUCUUCUCUCUCCUUUCUUCCCGCUUCACAACCUCCCUUCAUCUUCAUCUUCUUCCAUCGUCUGCUACUUCUCACCGUUCCAUUCCUCUAUCAACCGUCUGUGAUUUCCUCUUUCCUGUUAACUAUCUCGACCUCCGAAUGAUUGCUCUAUUCACCUUCUUCACAGAUUCACAGCUACUCUCUACUUCGACUUAUCUCAUGGAUUCAUCUCAUUUCUCCUUUUCAACAAAAUUCUUGCCCUAAUUUCCAUUUCUGCUCAGCUUGAUCCCAAACAACGGCGCUCUCUCCUCCUGACUGAAUUGUGUGAUAAUAUAGGAAAUUGAAUGUUAUGGAUUGGACUUCGACAAAUGCAUUUAAAGCUUUGAAAGUUAGAGAUGGAACCUAAAUCGGUAAUGGAAACUCCUUCCAUCAUUUCAAGCAUUGACCCAAUGGACAUCGGGUUAGGUUCUUCAGAGAGGUGUAAUGCAACUACUGCAAAACCAAGAAAGAAGACAAUGACUUCAGUUUAUCUAAAGUUCUUCGAAACAGCUUCUGAUGGGAAAAGUAGAAGAUGCAAAUUUUGUGGUCAGAGUUAUUCUAUUGCAACUGCUACUGGAAAUUUAGGAAGGCAUCUCAGCAAUCGCCAUCCUGGAUAUGAUGAGACAAGAGAUAUUGCAGCCAAUAGUGCAUCACAACAACAUAAUGCGACGACUAUUAAAAAACCUCAAUCUCAACCCAAAAGCCCUCCUCAAAUGGAUCUUGACCAUUUAAAUUGGUUACUCAUAAAAUGGCUAAUCUUAUCUUCUCUUCCUACUAAUGCUUUAGAGGAGAAAUGGCUAUCAAACUCAUUCAAAUUUCUGAACCCAAGUGUACAGCUCUGGCCAGGUGAGAAAUUCCAAGCAGUACUUGGUGAAGUAUUUAGAAGCAUGCAAGAAGAUGCAAGAGCAAUAUUGGAACAAGCUUCUUCUAAACUAUCAAUCACACUUGACUUAUGGACAUCUUAUGAACAAAUCUAUUACAUGAGCAUCACUUGUCAAUGGAUUGAUGAGAAUUGGAUCUUCCAAAAGGUUCUUCUUGAUAUUUGUCAUGUUCCUUCACCUUGCAGUGGUUCUGAAAUCUAUAACUGUAUAGUGAAGGUCCUUAAGGUGUAUAAUAUUGAAAAUAGAAUUCUUUCGUGCACUCACGAUAAUAGCCCGGUUGGUAUGCAUGCAUGCCUUUCACUGAAAGAAGAUAUUGACACGCAGAAAGUCGGGCCAUUUUGCUAUAUCCCGUGUGCUGCUCGUACUUUGAAUUCGAUUGUUAACGAUGGGUUGAAAACUACAAGAUCUGUUAUUUCUAAGGUUAGGGAGUUUGUAUUGGAGAUUAAUGGUUCUUUAGAAAUGAGACAAGAGUUUCUUCAUCUUACAAAUGCUUAUCAAGAAGGUAAUUGGAAGUUUCCUCUUGAUGUUUCGCCUAGGUGGAGUGGAAGCUAUCAGAUGAUUGACCUCGUUCAUAAGGCCAGUAAAUCAUUGGACAAUAUGAUGAGGAAAUAUGAUGGAAGUUUAGUAAGUAGUGGAGGAGGAAUACCACUAAAUUCAGCCGAGAAGAAUGCAGUGAAUGUAUUACAUUCAUUUCUAGAACCGUUCUACAAAACCAUAACCAACAUGUGCAACAACAAAAUCCUAACCGUCGGAUUAGUCGUGUUCUUCAUGGACCACAUUUGCGAGAUGCUAUAUGCAUGUCGAGACUCCCGCCACAAUCCAGAAUGGCUAAAGAAUGCAGCCGCCGACAUGAUAUCCAAAUCGCGCAAAUACAACGAACAAAACUCCAACAUAUUCACCUACAUGACUGCAAUCCUCGAUCCCCGUAUCAAAAUCGAACUCAUCCCGGAAACACUAAAUUCGGAUCAUUACCUAGAAGAAGCAAGAGCGCAUUUCAUAAGAAACUAUUGCAACAAUAAUAACAACAAUAAUCACUUCCCAACCUUAACCGGAGGAUCAUACGGUAGUGGUUCUCAUGAAGUCGAUGAAGUUUCCUUUGCGGAGGAAAUCGCUCGAAAGAAACGCAGAGGUUCUCUGAACUCGGCUACAGAUGAGUUGACUCAAUAUCUGUCAGAACCGCCUGCACUGAUAGCAACCGAUGUGUUGGAAUGGUGGAGGGUGAAUAGUUCGAGGUAUCCCCGGCUUUCGGUUAUGGCUAGAGAUUUCUUGGCGGUCCAAGCGACUUCAGUGGCACCGGAGGUUCUGUUUUGUGGAGAAGGUGAUAGGAUCGAUAGGGAACGGUUGCCAAUGCCUUAUGGUAGUAUGCGAGUUGUUCUUUGUGUGAAAUCCUGGUCGGAAGGCGGGAUUAAAUUGAAGUAUAAGUCGAGUGAGAUUGAUUACGAUAGAUUGAUGGAAUUGGGAAUAGAAACUGCGGGGAAUAAUGAACUUGUUGUCUACGAUAAUAAGAAGCAAAAGUUAUGAGAAAUCGCGGUUAGUUCAGAUGUUAGAGCGUCAUUUCCUAUCCUAACAAAAAAAAAUAGAAGCUUAGACAGGGAUGUAAUGUUUUAAUAGAUAUGCUGUUAUGUUUUAAUAACUGUAUAAUGUAUUAUGUACCUUCACCAUUUAAGAUCAUAGUGUUUUG